UCAAUAUUGAGGUUAGAACUGGAUCGAAUUGGCUACGCGAUUGUCUUCUCUUCUCUUAGGGUUUACUGUGCAUACUGUAGCAAUGGUGGAUUCAGAUGGGAAAACUUCGCCUGUAAAAAUAAAAGAAGGUAAAGUACAGUAUACACACGAGCGGAGGGGUUCGAUUUCUUCACCAUCGCUUAGCUGGUUUACUAAACUUGACGGCGAGCCAAAUCUGAUGAGUUUAGAAAAAGUAGAUCGCGAUUCUUCGGAGAUAUGGCCAGAAAAAGUCCAUGGAUUUGAUACACCAAAUCUCAAUUUCUCUCCUCCGCCAUGGACCAAAGGACUGACACAGGAUGAUAUAAAUUCCAUGUAUCAACUGGGUGCCUUGUCGACAAACGGUAUCAUAGCUGAAGUUAAGAAACUAUACGAUCAAUCCUAUCAGCUCGGAGUUCAAGAAGCGAAGGAAAUGACGCGCGGUAAAUAUUUGAAUAUAUUUACUAGCAGCCGUAAAAAAAUAUAGCCAUAGGAAGUUUUCAUUACACGUCAAGAACUAGUAAGAUUUCGAAUAAAUUUUCUCUGGCCAUUCAAAAAA